GAAGAAGAAGAGGAAGAAGAAGAAGAAGAAGAAGAAGACGACGACGAGGAAAAAGAAGAAUAGUCAACAUCAUGGCGGUUGCCGGGAUUAUUGAUGAGCAUGGAAGGUUUCAGCCUAUGUUGGCCUUGCAGGAGUAUAGUAAUACUUCAUUUGGAGGAACUGAUACAGACAUCAACAUCUCAUGCGGGGAAAGCGGCUAUAACACGAUGUCCGACUCCAUCAACCCAACCCCAAAUUCCACACCGACGCCUGGAUCCAUACUCGCGCGCAUAUCGCUCAUGCCAGCUGGUGAGCGACACGGAUUAUCGCACUCUCCAAUUGUUAAAAAGAAGCGACAUGUUUGUACUUUUGAUGGCUGUGUCAGGGCCUACGGGAAAUUGUCUCACCUGAAGUCGCAUAUAAGGACACACACAGGUGAGAAGCCCUACAACUGCACCUGGCCCGACUGUGACAAGAAGUUCUCCCGUUCUGAUGAACAAAUUCGCCACCUGCGGACUCACACAGGCGAGAAACAGUUCCAGUGCCCACUGUGUGCCAUGCGCUUCAUGCGAAGCGACCACCUGCUCAAGCAUGCCCGCCGCCACCCUGGCUUCGAACCGUCCAUGAUCAGCCAUAAGGGUAACCCAAUAAUGGACUAAAGGAGCCUAACGUCACUCCUUAUAGUCCAAGGACAUUACAUGCUCUGUUUUAAGGCGAAUUGGCUCUGGAAGCCAAAACAGCCAAAUACUCAAUCUAAACGUGAAUCGAUUCUCAAUUGCGGUACGGUUCUAGAAACAUAAGUCCCUUAAUUUUCAUAUCACAUCAAAAUAAUUUCACAAAUGCAAAAUACAUACUUACUGUUUUAACUGUAACUGCCUUCGUCCAAUGACUCUUGUGUAAUGUAAUGGAACUGAGUCAUGAUCAAGGGCUACCGUAAGGGGGGAGGUAGGGCCUGGGGUGUAUUCAUUAGUCAGAUUUUGUAGAAAAACGUUUGGUCUGUUGCAAAAGUUUACUCCAAACUGAAAAUGUUUUGCAAUGAAAACAAGUUUCUAUUGGACAAAUUCAGGUAGGCCCCCUCCCUGUUUCAUUCAGUUUGCUUCCGUUUGGUUCCUAGAGUAAACGGUUUCCUUGCAACACGUUUUGCAACAGACCAAACGUUUUGCAAUUGAAUCUGACUAAUGAAUAGACCUCUGGUCAGACCAAUGGAUCUCCACUGGAAGCAGAGGUGCGGGAAAAUGAGAGGAAGAGGUUCUGUAGCCAUACCCUGGUCCCAGGUCUGUCUUAAGACAACUCCUUUGACUAUUGUCAUGAUGCCAUACAUUCAUGUUUGGCUUGACAAGGACCACACGCAGCACAGCAGAGUUGCCUAAAGCACACAUACAGAUGGGACCAGGCUACUGUAGCCUACUUCUCAGAUAACUCAUCUUGUAUUUUGUAUUAUUGAUGAGCAAUACCCACUGGUUAGGUUUCGUUAAUGCUAAGAUAAUAGGUAAUGUUUAAGUUUUGUACGUUUAUAGCUUUUGGUAUAGUGGAGAGAAUAGUAAGAUUACUGUAGAUAGCAAUUGUUUAUGGAAUAGUCCUUAUAUUAGGGAAACUAACUGCUGGUACUGUACUAUAGAUAUGUUAAACUGUUUGUCUGUUAAACUGAGCUCUGAGAGCAAUAAGACAUGCCAUUUUCCAACAAUGGCACUUUGUCAAUAGGUGUUUUCUGAUUCGUUUUUUUUUUAUCGCUUUGGUGCAAUUUUCACAAGUAUGUUGUACAUUUUCACAACGCUUUGUACAAAACUCAAAACAGAUCAUCAAAAAAAGGCAGUUGUUUCAAAACCUUAAGCACAUUAUUCAAUUGACUAAGUACAACACACAAUCAUAGUCAGUUUUUCACCAAACUUAAGUGUUUCAUCUAGAAAUACGUUUCACAUUGGAAUACAUGUUCAUAUAAAGUAAUUGCCUUUCACAAUGCAAUGCUCACAUUACUUUUGAUAUGAUUGUCUUCUCAUUUGUUUAAAUACAUUUAACUAUGACUUAAUCCGACUGCUCUUAAUUGAUAAUCACUUAACCAUUUGGUAAACCUAUAUAAUGUUUUCUCUGCAACAUAUUUUGAGAAUAAUGAAAAUGUAUGUUUGUAAGGUAUGAACAUAUAAAGUAUUAUAUAUAUACUGUAAUGUAAUAUUAUGAUUUUACUUCAGUAAGUUAAAAGAAAUUGGAUAUUGAGAAGAUCAGAGAUGUAUUGUAUGUAAUGCAUCCCCUAUACAGUAAACAUGGAUCCAAAAUGAA